AUGCGAGAAUCAUAUCUGAGCUCUCCAGUUUCAGAACCUGAAAAAACUAAAAAUAUUCUACUUGUUGUUUCAGGAAUUGCUCUAUUUUUGGAUUUCGCCAGCCUAUUAAUAUUCAUCGAGAAAAUUUCCAUUUACUUAAUCAUUGGUGUCAUGUUUUAUUUUUCACAUAUCAAAGCAAGACUACCCUUGAAGUAUAAAACCCUAUCACUUUUCUCAUCUACCUCAAAAAUCGCUUCCCAAAAAUUAAUCAAUUUCUUAAUCAUAAAUACACCCACUUCUGUAUCAGAUAUUCUUAACCAAAUUCCUAAUUCAUGUUGCAUCUGCCAAGAACCAAUUAAAAAACCAGUCGCUGUCUUGGAAUGUGAUCAUAUCUUACAUUUCAACUGUGCUAUUGAAUUUUUUGCAAUUGGUAAAAAUAUUACUUGCCCUGUUAAAAAUUGCCAAAAUCGAAUUAAAAAUAUAGAAGCAGUUGAAAAGGAUAUCGGUGAUCUUGCAGAAGCUUUAAAACCUGGAAAUACUCCUAAAGUUAGAUCUUUUCUUCGAGAAAUUUCUAAAGAUUUACCCUAUUCUGACGCAUCAUCUGAAAUAGAAGAAAUACCUCCCUUGACUGCACAGGGAUUUCUCCUCUUAUACGUAAAUAUAGAUCAAGCUAAAGAAUUACUUGCUCGCUUAGAGAGAAAUGUGGUUCAUGCGAAAAAAGAAGUCGUCUUGUCUUAUUAUCAGUUCGGGAAAGCAGAUGCAGAAAAACUUAAAGAGUUACUAAAGAUAUCAAUCCCCCUACACACGGCACAGAGUAAGAUAGUUGCUGAAAUUAAGAAAUUACUUCCCAGUGGUACUUCUAUUAAUGUUAUAAAGAGAAGAAUUGCUACAGCUCGAAAGAUUUAUGAUAUAUUCAGCACAAUUGGUGAGGAUAAGAUCCAACGAAUCAGAAAUUUCAGCGCAUCAAGUAUUGGAGCUUUCAAAAAAGACAAAAUUGAGUUUAUUAAAACCGGUGACAAUAAACCUAAAUUUAGAGAAAAAGGGAAA